AUGGGAGGUGUCGGAAAAACAACACUUGCACAACUUGUUUACAAUGAUGAAAAAGUUGAAGAUCACUUUGAUCUCAAAGCAUGGGCUUGUGUAUCAGAGGAUUUUGAUGUUUUUAGAGUAACCAAAACUCUCCUUGAAUCUGUCACUUCAAAAACAUGGGAAACCAAUAAUCUUGAUUUUCUUCGAGUUGAGUUAAAGAAAAAUUUGAGGGACAGGAGGUUUUUCAUUGUGUUGGAUGACUUAUGGAAUGACAAUUAUAGUGAUUGGGAUGAACUUGUAUCUCCGUUGAUAAGUGGAAAAAUUGGAAGCAGGGUGAUCAUCACAACACGCCAAGAAAAAGUUGCAGUUAAUGCAUGCACAUUUCCAAUUUAUAAAUUAGACCGUCUAUCAGAUGAAGACAGUUGGUCUUUACUCUCCAAACAUGCAUUUGGAGGUGUAAACUUUUGUGAAACUAAAUGCCGGAACCUAGAAGCAAUUGGCAGGAAGAUUGCAAGAAAGUGUGGUGGAUUACCAUUAGCUGCGAAAACACUUGGAGGACUACUGCGUUCGAAAGUAGAUACUAAAGAGUGGAUUGAAGUUCUGAACAGCGGCAUAUGGAAGUUACAGAAUGAUAACAUUUUGCCUGCAUUGCUCCUGAGUUAUCAAUAUCUUUCCUCUCAAUUGAAAAGAUGUUUUUCUUAUUGCUCUAUUUUCCCAAAGGACUAUUCACUUGAUAGGAAGCAAUUGGUUUUGCUGUGGAUGGCAGAAGGUUUCUUUGAUCAGUCUCAAGACGGAAAAACCAUGGAAGAAGUAGGUGAUGAGUGUUUUGCUGAACUGUUAUCCAGAUCAUUAAUUCAACAACUGCAUGAUGAUUUUAGAGGACAAACAUUUGUCAUGCAUGACCUUGUUAAUAAUCUAGCUACAGCCGUAUCUGGAAAAAGUUGUUACAGGCUUGAAUUUGGAGGUGAUAGCUAUGAAAAUAUUCGCCACUUGUCGUAUAAUCAAGAGACAUGUGACAUUUUUAAGAAGUUUAAGACUUUAUGCAAAUUGAAAUGCUUGAGAAGCUUCUUACCCAUUGGCUCUUGGAGGGAAACACAUUACUUAUCUAGCAAGGUGGUCAAUGAUUUGCUACCCACAUUUAGAAGGUUGCGUAUGUUAUCGUUAUCAAGUUAUACAAACAUUACCACGUUACCCGAUACAAUUGGCAAUUUAGUGCAGUUGCGUUAUAUUGAUCUUUCCGAUACUCAAAUUACAAGCUUGCCUGACACCAUAUGCAGCCUCUACUACUUGCAAACCUUGAUUUUAUCUCGGUGCUUUAAACUCACAGAAUUGCCAGAACAUGUUGGAAAAUUAAUUAAUUUGCGUCAUCUUUAUAUUGAUAUGACAAGCAUAAUAGUGAUGCCGAAGCAAAUUGCUGAACUAGAAAAUCUUCAAACACUAUCUCUUUUUAUAGUAGGCAUGAAAAAUAUUGGUUUAAGUAUCAGAGAGCUUGUGAAGUUUCCUAAGCUACAGGGAAAAUUAUUCAUCAAGAAUCUGCAAAAUGUCAUUGAUGUGAUGGAGGCAAGUGAUGCCAACUUGAAGAGCAAAGAACAUAUUGAAGAAUUGACGCUCCAGUGGGGCAAGGAAGCUGAUGACUCACUUAAAGGAAAAGAUGUGCUUAAUAAGUUACAACCAACAUCAAAUUUGAAGAAGCUGAGCAUUGACUUAUAUGGUGGGACAAGUUUCCCAAGUUGGUUGGGAGACUCUUCAUUUUCUAACAUGGUGUCUCUCUGCAUUGAUAAUUGUGCGAAUUGCGUGACACUUCCGCCAUUAGGACAACUACCUUCUCUCAAAGACUUGAAGAUUUGUAGAAUGACAAUUUUGGACACAAUUGGGCCGGAGUUUUAUGGCAUGGCAGCCAGAGGUUCCCGUUCUCCGUUUCAACCAUUUUCUUCCCUUGAGAAGCUUGCAAUUAAGCAAAUGUCAAAUUGGAAGGAAUGGCUUCCUCUUCAAGAUAACAUAUUUCCUUUUCCUCGUCUGAAAUCUCUGGAGUUAUUUGAGUGUCCCAAAUUGAAAGGACCUUUACCUAGCCAUCUUCCUUCCAUUGAAGAGAUUAAAAUAUAUGGCUGUGAUUGUCUCUUGGCAACACAACCUACUCAUCAUUGGCUCUCCUCAAUAAAACAGAUUUAUAUUGAGGGCGAUUCGAAUUCAGAAAGCAAUACUAAAAAGACCCAAUGCUCAUUGCUUGAGAGUGAUUGUCCGUCUCUUCUACAAGGUAUAACCAUCAUAAGGAGCUGUCAUAUACUAAAUUUUUUUCCUAAAAUGAUUAGAAACAACACCUGUCUUCGACACUUGAAUCUCUAUGGUAUUAAUUCUGUCAAUGUGUUUCCAACAAAUGGUUUACCCACUUCUUUGCAUUCACUACGUAUUGACAAAUGUGAGAAUUUGACAUUCUUACCUCCUGAAACAUGGAGCAAUUACAAAUCACUUGUGAUUCUUGUUUUAUGGAACAGCUGCAAUGCACUUACCUCCUUCCCAUUGAACUGUUUUCCUAUGCUCCAAUAUCUUUACAUCAAGAAAUGUAGGAGUUUAGAAUCUGUUUUUAUUUCAGAAACAUCUUCGUGUAGCUCGUCAACCCUCCAAUAUCUUGAGAUUAAGGAUUGCGAGGCACUUAGAUCACUACCUCAACGGAUGGACACCCUCACUGCUCUUGAAUGCAUAACUCUAUGCAAUCUUCCAAAUUUGAAUUUAUCAUUAUGUGAAGGAGUUUUCCUACCUCCCAAUUUACAAUCAAUUCAUAUUGAAUCAGUGAGAAUAACAAAGUCGGUAACAGAGUGGGGUCUCCAAGGCCUUACUUGUGUUCGUUCAAUGGAGAUCGGAGGUGAUGAUAUUGUUGACAUGUUUCUCAAGGAGCCGUUGUUGCCCAUUUGCCUUGUGUCUCUAGAACUCAAAAGUCUCUCUGAAAUGAAAUCCUUAGAAGGAAAUGGACUUCGACACCUCUCCUCUCUAGAAGAACUUUGCUUUAAUAAUUGUCAAGAGCUUGUGUCAUUUCCAGAAAAAACAUUUCCCUCCUCGCUGAAAUCACUUGGCUUUUAUAAUUGCCCGUUGUUAGAAGAAAGGUAUAAAAGGAAAGAAAAUUGGUCCAAAAUCGCUCACAUCCCAUUCAUAGACAUAAAUAGACAUGUCACAAUAUGA